AUGGACGUGGACCCCGGUCUAGCCGCGUGCACGUGGGUACUCUGGACGGCGGCGGUGGUAGCAGUGGCGUGCCGGUUCGCAUCGCGGGGGCUGCAGUUCGGGCCGGGGCUGGCGUCGUUCGCAGCGCAGCUGCAAGCCGACGACUACCUGAUGGUGGUGGCGACGGCGGCGCUGACGGGCGUCGCCGUGACGUCCAACCAGGUCAACGAGAACGGCAGCAACUAUGUCGCCGACGGCGUGGCCGAGACGUGGCCGCCCGGCCGUGUCGCCCAGGCCGUCUGGGGCAGCAAGAUGCUCGUCGCCCUCGAGUGGUUCAUGCUCGCCACGCUGUGGCUCGUCAAGGCGUGCCUGCUGUUCCUGUACGCCCGGAUAACGACCGGGCUGCGCGAGAGCAUGGCCGUCAAGGCGACAGCCAUCUACUGCGGCCUGACGUUUGUCGUCAUCCAGGUCCUGUACCUGGGCGUGUGGUGUCGACCUAUCCACGACUACUGGGCCGUGCCGGUGCCCGUCAACCACCAGCAGUGCAAAACAUACCACUAUCACAUCAUCACGGUCACGGUGCUGCACGUGUCGUCGGACCUGGCUAUGCUGUGCAUCCCGCUGCCGGUGAUCAUCCGCGCGCGGCUGCCGCUGCGGCGCAAGCUGGUUCUGUGCGGCGUGUUCAGCCUGGGCGGGCUGGUGGUGGUGGUGGCUAUCCUCAACCGCUACUUCAACCUGGCGAUGCCCAACGACAGCGGGUUCCUGCGGUGGUACAACGCCGAGGCGGCCACGGCUGUCGUGGUUGCCAACGUGCCCUUUUGCUGGGCGCUGCUGCGCCAGGUCUUUGCGCUCGACUCGUGGGCCGCGUCGUCGUCCGGGUCGGGGGGCGGCGGGUCCGUGGCGGGGAGGCGGCGGUCGGGCUUUCGCGUGGGGGGAAGAUAUGUGCGUACGCAGUCGCCCAAGGGCGGCGCGGCGGCGGCGGGUAUGGGAAUGAAGGUGCUCGACGAUGAGGAGGGGAUCGCGGUCGAGGAGGGGAUCGCGGUCGAGGGUGGGAAGACGGGGGUGGGGCGGUAUCCGAGCGUCAGGUUUGCCGACGGGGCGAGGACUGGCCCUCGCGUGAUAGUGAGUAGUCAGGAAGGCGUCGCGUGA